CAACAACAAAAAUUCACUAGCCGCGGAGCGUUCGUAUAAAAGCGGGACACAGCCGCUUGGACGCCUCAGUUGUCGGGCGGAAUUUGCGGUUCAUAGCGUUUUAACUAACCAAGCAGCUAAUCGCUUAACGCCAAAAUAUUAUAAGAUAAUCACUUAGAUAUUUGAAAUUUUAAAGCAAGCUAACGGAACAUUUCUACAAUUCGAAAGUAGAAAACUUAAAAAUUCCGCUCGUGUUUUUACCACUAUAUCUGGUAGCUGUCAUUGUUGUCAACCGGUCAUCAGCUCACACACUCGUUAGUCUCACAUUCCCGGCGCGGAACCUUGUCGUGUGCAAUUGUUUAUUUAAUUCCGCGCUAUUGUUGUUGUAUGAAUCCGCACCGCUGUCGCUACCCAAAGGCGAUCACAGCGCUCGGCCACAUCAUUACUCAUUGCUGACAGUUGGCAUUUUGGAGCAUCAAACAAAAACAAACAAAACUACAGAAAAAAAACAAGAACAAGAGUAGCGACGAAACCGAAACAUGCGUUCACCGGCAUUAGCAUUUGUCAUAUGCGUGGCGUUGGCCGUGGUCGUCAUGACGCAGGCGGAACACAAUGCUUAUUGCAAGGAAUUGAAUCAAGUGAACUGUUAUAUGGGUCAGAAUGAAGGCUACUUCUGCAAUAAGAAUCAACACUCCUCCACACAGACGCGCUGGUUUUUCGACAAAGGCGCUUGCAAAAAAUUCAAUUACAAGGGCUGCUAUGGCAAUCGGAACCGCUUCUGCACGAAGGAGGCCUGCGAACGACGUUGUCUGGGAUAAGGAUGUCUGUGCCUUAAACCGAAGGGGUUGAAAAUGGUAUGAGAAAGAAACAAGCGGUCAGGUUUGUUGCUUUAUCGAGUGUGUGAAGAGCAGAAAAUUGAGAUACUGAAAGCAACAGCAGCAGUGCCGAAGAGCCUGGAAACAUAUCUAACAUUUGUACUCGUAACAUAGCGGAUAAUCGAUGUAAUAUAUACUACCAUUUAAGAUUUUAUAAAUAUAUUGUAUAGUUAUAUAAUUGUAUUGUAUUGUAUAUUUAGUGUGUGUAUGUAUUCUUAAAAAAAAAAUAUGUAUUUAUUUUCUUCGAAAUAAAUGUAGUGUGAGCAUUUAAUGGAUUAUUUCUA